GUCACUCCUCUCGCUGGCGGGCUGCUCUUCUGAAUUGGUGGAGAUGGCAGCGAACUUCGCCUGCAGCUUCACCACACUCUGCUGUUUAGUGCUCUGGGGCUUCACCGGGACUUCAGAUGCUACAGACGUACCACCACCUCACCCAACUGUGAAACCUGGCUCCCCUGUCCCGAUGAACACAGACAACCCUGGUGUUCGCAAGGCAGCUCGCUUUGGGGUUUACAGAUACAACAACAGUUCAAAUGACCUCUUUCUGUUUAAGGAAUCACAAAUAAACAAAGCCAUGGUACAGAUUGUCAGAGGGCUGAAGUACAUGCUCCAUGUGGAAAUCAGACGCACUGUCUGUGAGAAGAGGGAGCACUCCAGCCUGGACAGCUGUCACUUCCAGAGGAAAAAAAAUCUGCAACAGAUGCUGAGAUGCUAUUUUGAGGUCUGGAUAAUGCCUUGGUUACAUAAAGCUCAUGUCCCCGUUGCUCUCUGCCACUGACUCACCUUCACCCAUGAGAGCCUGACUUGCAGAGGAUCUAUCACCAUCAGUUUGUCCUUGUCUGGACU